AUACUAUUGGAGUUCCCAAUAGCCAAUACCGUUGGCCCCAGCAUAUGCCAUUCAUUCUUACCCAGAUUAUUCUCUCACAGCACAUGCCUAAACACCUAGUCAGUUUGCUCCCUUCUGUUUGUUGCUGACACAUAUUUCAAGGUUCAUUCCACGAUGGCUAUGGCCUGCUUGUCCUCGUUCUUCGUUGGGCUGUGGUGGCUGCCACUGAUGAUGCUCGUGGUGGCCGGGCAGGAGCGGUGGGGAGACUGCUCGGACCAGAAGUGCGGCAACGUCAACAUCUCCGAGCCCUUCUGGCUGUACGACCAAAAUACGGGAAGAUCAUGCAGUUCUGAUCCCUACCCGGACUUCGAUGUCGCUUGUACCAACAACAGUUACCCGUCUCUGCGGAGCACCAUACCCUUCAACAAGGGCUUCAAAAUCCUCAACAUCUCCUACGAGGAGCGCAGCUUCUACGCGGUUGAUCUGGGCAAGCUCAACGUGCUGCAGGCCCGCAACAGCUGCCUUACCCCGUUCUACAACACCUCAGUCAAGCUCACCCGGCCGUUUAGGAUCGCCUCCGUCAACCUGAACCUCGUCCUGUACAACUGCACGGAGAAGGACGGAGCGGCGGCCGCGGCACGUCGGCACAGAGAGCUGGUGCAGACGAACGUGAGCUGCGAGAACCAGUGGGUGGUGUUUGCCCGCGCGGGAGUACCCCACGACGCGACAGGGAACUACAGCAAUUACGCUCUGAAGGGCUGCCCCGCCGUCGUGGUGCCGGUGCCGAGCUCGUCGGCCAGGGCGAACGCGAGCGACUACGAGCAGCUCUUCAACGAUGGCUUCCUCUUGACAUGGAAUCCCCCGUCUCAGCACCCUCCCCUUCCAAGUAGCAACCGGACUAGCAAGAAGAUUACGCUAAUAGUUGUAACAUCAGCGGCUGGAGCCUUGCUCUUUACAUGUAUUUAUGUCCUGUUAUGGCGCAAAAAAGGGAAAAGACUAUGGCUUCACCUUUGCAAGAAGACUAGCAGCAACACCGAGAAGAAUUAUGAGGCCAUGUUAGUAUCGUACGGAUCCCUAGCUCCAAAAAGAUACAUGUAUUCAGAGGUAAUGAAGAUAACAUCUUCUCGCAACGAUCAGCUUGGAAAAGGUGGUUACGGUGUGGUUUUUAAAGGAAGACUACACGAUGAUCGUCUGGUUGCUGUGAAAUUCUUGCAUGACUGCAAAGGAAAUGGAGACGAGUUUGUGAAUGAAGUUAUGAGCAUUGGGAGGACCUCUCAUGUUAAUGUUGUUAGCUUAUAUGGGUUUUGUUUGGAGGGAUCAAAGCGAGCUCUUAUAUAUGAGUACAUGCCCAACGGUUCCUUGGAUAAGUACAUUUAUUCAGAGCACCCGAAAGAAAUUUUAGGAUGGGAGAGGCUUUAUGUGAUAGCAAUCGGGAUUGCUCGUGGCCUGGAAUACUUGCACCAUAGCUGUAAUACUCGUAUCGUCCAUUUUGAUAUCAAGCCCCAAAAUAUCCUUCUAGAUAAAGAUUUCAGCCCAAAGAUUGCUGAUUUUGGUCUAGCUAAGCUGUGUCAUACGAAGGAGAGCAAGCUUUCAAUGACUGGAGCUAGAGGAACAAUUGGAUUCAUCGCCCCAGAAGUUCACUCUCGAACCUUCGGGGUGGUUUCAACAAAGUCGGAUGUUUAUAGUUAUGGAAUGAUGCUGCUGGAGAUGGUUGGGGGUAGGAGAAACGUAAAAUCAAUUGUUGCGAAAUCCAGCGAAAAGUAUUUUCCAGACUGGAUUUAUGAUCACUUUGAGCAAGAUGAUGGAUUACAAGCAUGUGAAGUCACAAGAGAAAUUGAGGAAAUCGCAAGAAAGAUGACCAUGAUUGGCUUAUGGUGCGUACAAAUACUGCCUGCAUAUCGCCCUACCAUAACCAAAGUUCUAGAAAUGUUCGAGAGAAGCACAGAUGACAUGGACAUGCCACCCAAGCAAAACUUCUCUGGGUUGCUUGCAAAUUCAGCUCACAAUAUGGAUGUACAAAGUUCUUCUACCAGACCUGAGGAGAUCAGCCUUGUGCACUAAAAUAUCCUACAACGAUUGCCAACGCUGUGAGCAGAUGAGCGAUGUGAAUACCAACAACGGACACUCAUCUCCAACUCUUUGAGAAGGUGCUAUAUACUAGAGUAAAUUUAGAACUUGAACAAGCGCAACAGAAUUCGGCAUUGUAGUAGAACUGUAGAACAUAUUGCAUGUAUGCAUUGCCUAGAGCAGAGAGCAUCCGCAUGCCAGUGUCCUAAGUUACGAACCGCACAAGGAAUAAAAUUUAUUCCAAUGAGUUGUGUGUUCCAACUCCUAAAAGGCAUCGGAGGCAGACAUACCAACGCCUCCUUGACUGUAAAUUUUCCCCAAAACUGAAUAUACGCGAUUUGCGCUCUGACUACAGCCCCUAGAAUUUCAGAAUCUGUAUUCAUACAGUGUGUACCCAUCUAAAUAUUGUGACGAUAUCUGUCAAUUCAUACCACAAGCAGAUUAAUCGUGGAA